UGCCAAGAAGGAGAGGAAGAGUGUUAAAUAUAGCUGUGACAGAAUGGUGGACUGCUUGAGUAAAGUCAUGCCGCACACGGUCAUCUCAUGCUGGCAGCCGGUCCUGGGACUGGUCCUGCUGGCCGUCUUCGUAGGCUCCGCCCUGGGCUGCCCCUCCCGCUGCGAGUGCUCGGCGCAGACCAAGGCCGUGGUGUGCCACCGUAAGCGCAUGCCCACCAUACCCGAUGGAAUCCCGGGGGAGACCAGAAUCCUGGACCUGAGUAAGAACAAGCUGACCAUGAUCAACCCGGAUGAUUUCGCUGCCUUCCCGGGCCUGGAGGAACUCGACCUGAGUGGGAAUAUAAUCAGCUACGUGGAACCGGGUGCCUUCAACGCCCUAUUCGGCAUGCAUUCUCUCAGCCUGAAGAGCAACCGGAUCAAGCUCAUCCCUCUGGGAGUCUUCUCUGGCCUGGCCAACCUCACCCGGCUCGACGUUAGCGACAACAAGAUCGUCAUCCUCCUGGACUACAUGUUCCAGGACUUGCACAAUCUCAAGUUUUUGGAGGUGGGUGACAACGACCUGGUUUACAUUUCGCAUCGCGCGUUUAGCGGACUUUUGAGCCUGGAGACGCUGACCCUGGAGAGGUGCAACCUCACCGUGGUGCCCUCCGAGGCUCUCUCGCACCUACACAACCUGGUUAGCCUGCACCUGCGAUACCUCAGCAUCAGCACUUUGCAUCCGUACUCCUUCAAAAAACUGUUCCGGCUGCGCCACUUGGAGAUCGACAACUGGCCCUCGCUGGAUCACGUGCCGGCCAACACCCUUCACGGCCUCAACCUCACCACUCUGUCCGUCACCAACACCAACCUGUCGUCUUUCCCCUACCAGGCCUUGAAGCACUUGCCCUACCUGACGCACCUCAACCUUUCCUACAACCGCAUCCGGCACAUCGAAGGCGGGAUGUUGAUGGACCUGGUUCGCCUUCGGGAGUUUCACCUGGUCGGCGCGCAGCUCACCGCCAUCGAACCGUACACCUUCCAGGGCCUGCGGGGACUCAAGGUACUCAACGUGUCGCACAACCGACUCGAUACACUGGAAAAGGGGAUCUUCCAGUCCCCGGAAGCUUUGGAGGUCCUCCUCAUCGACAACAACCCGCUGGUGUGCGACUGCCGUCUCAUGUGGAUCUUACAGAAAAGGCAUUCCAUCUUGUUCGGGGAUUCCCAGCCGGAGUGCAACACGCCCGAGGGGAUCCGAGGCAGGCCGUUCCAGGAGUUUAAGGAAAGCCUGCUGUCCUACUACGUGACCUGCACCAAGCCCAAAAUCCGCGAGAACAAGACGCAAACGGUGACGGUGGACGAAGGCCAGCAAGCUCUGCUGCACUGCAGCGCCGAGGGCACGCCGAGGCCCGUCGUGUCCUGGGUGUCCCCGCGGCGGCGCGUCCUGACGGCCAGGAGCCACGGUAGGCUGACGGUUCACAACAACGGCACUCUUGAGAUCAAGUCGGCGGAGGUUCAAGACGGCGGCGUCUACCUCUGCCUGGCCUCCAACACGGCCGGGAACGACACCCUGAUGACCUCGCUGGCUGUCAAAAGCCUGGGCUCGCUGUACGCCAACAGGACCCAGUACUACACCGACCCCAGCAACACCACUGCCAACGGGACCGCCGGCGUCACCCUGGGCUUGGACCUGAAGACUAUUUUGGUGUCGACAGCCAUGGGUUGCUUCACGUUCCUGGGGAUGGUCUUGUUUUGCUUCCUGCUCCUGUUCGUCUGGAGCAGGGGCAAAGGAAAACAUAAAAACAACAUCGACGUGGAAUAUGUGCCUCGAUCCAAGUCCAACGGCACCAAUGUGGACUCGGCCGACAUCCAGGCCGGUCCUCAUCGUUUCAACAUGAAAAUGAUGUGACUUGUUUUAUAACGAAAAAAAAAAAAUUGGGAUCUGUGAGGAAAAUGACCCAAAGUACAUUCUAUUUUUUUGCACAUGGAACCGCAGCUGUCAGAGAAGUGGUCGCAAAGGACUUUGGGGUAAGAGACAAUGAGCGGGACCUUGGAUACAAUGCUCGUAGGACGUCGGAAUUGCUUCAACUCGGACGGGGAGUGAACGGUUCCCAGGGAAUUACGUGACAUUUAUCUGCUUUUUGAGAUUUAUACGCCCCCUCUGGAAAAACAAGAAUGCCCUUCGACUUCUGUGGCUUGGAUCUUCUAGACUCGGCUGAACCGUGUACAGUAACCAAUUUGUAUCUUACGCUAAAAAUAACCUUUGUUGAGUCUUAUGCGACAUGCUUCGUCACCCAUCCGAUCAACCAAUGACGGCGACCAUCGCUUCCUCUGUUCGAUACUUUUGCCCAUGUUUGUGCCUAAUGCUUUGUUAUGUGCACCUACUGUAUGUGCAUACUCAUUCAAAAUAAAUAUUCAUAGCAAUAUUCAUGGGAUGCAUUAGCCAAAAUUGAUAUAAUCCUAUACUGUAUGUUCAGCAAACAAAGCAAAACCUUUGAAGUUUCCAUGGAUUCAGGAAGGGCUUCUAUGGGUGAUUAUAUGUCCCUGCUCCCCCACGAUUGACUCAGAAAUAGGAAAUAUGAAUAAAUACAUAUUUAUCAAAUGACAUAUUUUAUUUAUUAAUGAUGUUGGGCAAAAUUCAAUCCUCAACAGCUGUCGGGUGUCCAAUAUAAUAUCUGGACGGUCCCUCGGAUGAACAUGAACCACCCUUUUUGUCCGACCUCAGUGUCUUUCUAUUCCUUUGAAGUGUACCUUUUUGGCCCAUGUGUCAACUUUUUGCUACAGUGAUAUUUGCAUCGUUUUUUCUUUUCUUUCCCCUGUAACAAAAACCAAAAAAAAGGACUUUGUUGUAGUAGUUCCUCAUUUUGUUGUUGAAUCAUUAGAUUGUGACAAUUUCCCAAAAAAAAAAAAAAAAAUGUAUGUGGCAUAAAUGCAGAUGUAUUUGUACCUGUGACAGAAGUCAACUUUAUUGAUGACACAGUGGCUAUUGUAUCAUUCUGAAGUUGCA